CGGCCUCUGAUCCUGCGCCCGCAGUUGACCAUGCAUAUUAAGCCUAAACCCGAUGCAGAGGAGUUCAAGGCUUCUUCGUUUGACUCCCAUCUCUCCAUUCUCUCUUCUGGCUCGAUGGUCGAAAUCAAGCGAGCAGAGGACCUCAGCCUACCAGGCAUGAGCCCAGAAGACAAUCGAUUUAGGUUGCUGUAUAGCAAGUCCAAGGUCUAUGUCAAUCCAACCGCCUAUGCUCGUGACAACAUACCUGGCUUCGUAGUUCUUGUGAAGCGUGAGGCCGUAAACCCCACGUAUCUGCUUGCUUGGAUUCCGGAGUCUCUGUUGGAUGAGAAGGGAACUGCAGAGUGGGAUAAGUUCACGAAAGUCGAAGAGAGCUCCUUCCUUGAGGAUGACGAUGAUGACAUUGUUCUGAUCGACCUUCCGACCUCUCGACCGGAGUCGUAUGCUUUCUCCGUGCCACUGACCUCAAUAUAUUCGCUUAUCGUUCAACCCCCGACAUUGUCAUCCUGGUACGGCUCCAUUGGAAUAAAUCUGAUCAACGGAGACACCCUCCCUACGCUCCACUUUCACGACGAUGAAUCCCGGUCGUUCACCCUUCCGCCUCCAAUCUCCAACCGCAACAGUACCACCUCAUAUCCGCCAUCGCCUGCAUCAUCUCCGACUACCAGUCCAAGAGCAAGUAAUUCUUGGGGAGGAGAACAUCUUCUCUCCAAGUUACGGUCGUACGCUUACAUCUUACGCUCCACGCUCCAACCUUCGUUGUUCCUCGUUGAUGAAGCAGUGGAUGAGAUUCUGGGAGAGUCCCCGUAUGUGAACUCUCAUUCGCCCAUCCCCAUCCACCGACGACCUCGACCACUGUCGUCUGCGACGCCGGGCUCCGGCUCCGCUGCGUAUCCCCAUCGGGCGUCGGUGCUCCAUCGGUCACUGGCAUCCACCUCAUCGAGUUCCCAGUCGUCGUCUCAAGCGCGCGCUGCCCUCAUGCAGUCGUUCUCGAACAUCACUCGUGCCACGAGACAUGCUGCGCAGAACAUAUUGUCACACCCUCUGGCCAAGCCCAUCGUUCCCCAUCUACCGGACCCCGUCCGCAGCCUGGUCAACGCGAACGGUGAAUCGACAUGGGGAAGCUGGGUUGACAAGAGUGGUGUCGGAGAAUUCGAGAGUGCGCGAGUGUAUCUUGCGCGCUGGGCAAGGAUUGUGGCCGAAGAAGGGGAACGAGCGAGACGAAGGGAAGCGCAGGCUUUGCCUCCGUCCUCUGUCGCAGAGGAAUCCUCAUCAUUAGGCGUGUUCGAGCUCUUGCACUCGACUGCUAAUCUUCCGACUCCGAAAUCGUCUCGAGUGCCAGAGCAUCCCGUCAACGAAGCAAUGUGGUCGAGUUGGUUUGCUGAUGAUGGGACGCCAACUGUUCGGUUGGAGCACAUGCGAAGAGAGGUGUUCCGGCGAGGGAUCGACCCUAGUGGCACUCUUCGGCAGCGCAUCUGGCCGUUCUUGCUGGAUGUUCUCGAAUGGGAUUCGACCGAUGCAUCCAGAGCCGAAGCAUGGGACAAAAAGAGGAAACUAUAUCAUGCUACCAAGAACGAAUGGUGCGGUGUUCCCGAGGUCUUCGACCGCGCGGACACGCUUGAGGAACGUCAUCGUAUCGAUGUAGAUUGUCGCCGGACAGAUCGGAACCAGCCCUUGUUUGCAUCGCCCAAAGCGACAGGCGCUGUGGAUGACGAAAAGGACCGCAGCAUGCGCUACUCUACGAUCUCUCCCCAAACGGCCGACAUAGGAGCCCAAUCACCUACAAACGAACACAUUGACCGACUCUCAGGUAUCCUGUUGACAUACAACUUCUACGAAAAAGAGCUGGGAUAUGUCCAGGGCAUGUCAGACAUGUGUGCUCCCUUGUACGUGGUGAUGGGGACUGAUGAAGAGAUGACAUUCUGGUGCUUUGUCGAAUUCAUGAACCGCACGAAGCAAAACUUCCUUCGCGAUCAGAGUGGCAUGAAAAAACAUCUGUUGACUCUGCAGCAGUUGAUCGAGGUUAUGGAUCCCGAACUUUAUCGACACCUAGAAAAAACGGACGGACUGAAUCUGUUUUUCUGCUUCCGAUGGGUUCUCAUCGCCUUCAAGCGCGAAUUCUCUUUUGACGAUGUGCUUCGUUUGUGGGAAGUGCUUUGGACGGACUAUUACAGCAACAAUUUCCUCCUUUUUGUGGCGCUGGCUGUCCUGGAAUCACAUCGCGAUGUUAUUUUGCGAUAUUUGUUCGAUGAGAUACUCAAGUACUGUAAUGAGCUGAGUAUGACCAUCGAGCUGGAUUCGACGCUCGCGCAAGCCGAGGUCCUCUUCCUUUCGUUCGCGCAACUUGUCGCUGAUAUCGAUCGGCGGCGAGUGGAACAGUCUGGUACCAGCGAUGGAUUGCGCCGACGUAAUGUGGGUGCAGCGCCUGCCGGCUCAGAGCCUCCUGCCGAGAACAAGUUGCUGAACCUACCUGCUCUUUCGGAGAAUCUGCGAGAGUUACUCAACGCAGGACGAGAGUAGACAGCAUGUCUACGACCAAACUCAUCUGUACCACUGCAUUGUAUGUAUCAUAUCGCAUUCGAUCUCAACAUCUUACACACGGUUCAAACUGGUCAUUCGUGUUGACAUUUCUAAUAUAUACGGCAUUACAUUGGUCGUGUGGCGUGCAGAUGUAGAGUGCAAGCGGAACCUCCUGCGACAGCGGAAAAUAGUUCAGCGGCGGAAUAGUUUUAUAAUGUACGGCCAGGUGCGGACUCCGUCACGUCUUCUCUCCGAGUGGUUACUAGCCGCAAUGUACGAUCGAAGCCAUGGUUGGACUGCCGGCGUCAUCUAACCGCAGAGAGAAUGGGAAAAUGACAUCACACACCAGGUCGCGCCAAGUCUCCUCCUCAUCGUUCUCCGUUUGGAGUUGGUAGAUUUGCAGAAAUCCUUUGAACCUGUUGCCUCACUCAGACUCCAGCGACACGGAUAGUGAGAUCGGCACACGUCAACUCCCCAGCGUCUGUCACGUCCAAAAAUUCCACCAGCUCGUCCUUGGUUUCCUGGGGAAAAGGCGCGCCAUUGGUGUCCUGUGCCCACGAAUCGAGACCCUCCUGUGUGAGAUAUGCACCCUCUGGAAGCACGGUCCUGAGUUCAAAGGCUGCUCUGCCGGUAUUCGCCAAUGGUGCAGAAGAAUUCAAAUCGGCCGAAACUAAAGGAGGCGGUACACAGUAUUUGCCUGAAAGGUGAUUUAAAAAUUGUUGUUGGGCUGGUUGUACAGGGGAAGGUAGCCACCGAAGAUGUACUUGAGGCAAAGUUCCAGUUGGUCGGAGAUCGCACCCUCCCCAUCGAGUAGCUGCACCUCAGUGAUAACAUUCCGUCGUCCUUGCAGGCGACUGGGUUCUGGUGUCUCUGCUCGCGACAUCAAAGGCGCAAAAGAGCAUGCCCGCGGCUGAUGCCGAGUGUAGUCACGAUGUGACUGACGGUAACGACCUCAAGCAGCUUGACUUGCAAUGUCGCGCUCCGAGCCACUAUCCAUUGAGACACUUCUCCUGAAACAGAAACAAGAGAAAGAAGCUGCCGCCAAGGCAAAUAUAUCUUCUCUACUCCUAGUGUUCCUCUGUUCUUACAUGCAUUGCAGCCUAAAUUUCUGACGAAAGAAGAACGCGCGAAGAUCGCUAUAGCUAAGCGCGCGCAGGAACUCCGUGAGCAGAAGGAACGAGAUGAAGCAACGAGAAAAGACCGACAAGCUCUUGAGCAGGAAGCUGAACAGAUUCGAGCGCAGGAGCGGAGCCGAGAGUCCAGCGCGCGGUACGGCCGAAACGAUGACCGUUAUGGAAACCCUGACCGUGACCGCGAGCGCGAUAACCGCCAUACUGGUGGACGCGGACGCGACCACCGCCGUCCACCACCCCCCGGCCCAUCGUCCUCAUCUCGAGACGGCUACCAAAAUGUGCCUACAGGACCUCGUGCAGACCGUAGUAAAACUGGAACCCCUUCGUCGGGCUCUUCGUCCAUGCCCCCACCUCCUGUUCCCACUCAUGCUUCAGAGCGAAGAAACGAUCACGAGGCGGCCGACAUGGAAUCAUUCGUUCCCGACAUCAGCGAAGCUGACCGCGAAGCGAUUCGAUCACGAUAUUUGGGUGUCGAUAAGAAGAAACGGAAGAUUCGCAAAAUCAAUGACCGGAAGUUCGUGUUCGACUGGGAUACUCAGGAUGACACGCUUGCCGAGGAUGCGCCAUCUGUUGUGGGUGGACAGCGGCAGGGGGCUCAGAUCUUGUUUGGGCGGGGCCGUGUGGCCGGCAUGGAUGACGGUGGCGGAACGAGAAAAAGUUCGGACAGCAACACCUAUCAUGCCGACGCCAUGGAACGGAGGAAGGCUGCGAAGGGUGGAACCGAUGAGAGACACUGGACAGAGAAGUCGUUGGCAGAGAUGAAAGAACGAGAUUGGCGUAUCUUCCGGGAGGACUUCAGCAUCUCCGCUCGUGGUGGGCAGAUUCCUCAUCCGCUACGGUCUUGGACCGAGUCACAAAUUCCCAAGACGAUAUUGGAAUGCAUCGAAGAGAUCGGAUACAAAGAACCCUCGCCCAUCCAACGCCAAGCUAUCCCCAUCGGCCUGCAAAACCGCGACAUUAUUGGCAUCGCAGAAACAGGUUCGGGUAAAACAGCGGCCUUUGUGAUUCCGAUGCUGGCGUUCAUUGAGAAGCUCCCUCCAUUCACUGACGAGAAUCGGCAUCUCGGGCCGUAUGCAUUGAUCAUGGCACCAACACGUGAGCUGGCGCAACAGAUCGAGUCGGAAGCGCGCAAGUUUGCGGGCCCGUUGGGAUUCAAAUGUGUCUCCAUCGUUGGUGGGCGCGCGGUCGAAGAACAGCAGUUUAACCUCCGCGAGGGAGCGGAGAUCAUUAUCGCUACCCCUGGUCGUCUGAAGGAUGUGAUCGAGCGGCAGGUGAUAGUGCUUUCUCAAUGCCGGUACAUUGUCAUGGACGAGGCCGAUCGGAUGGUUCAUCUUGGAUUUGAAGCGGACCUCACGUUCAUAUUGGACAAGCUGCCGUCGGAUAUGCUUGAAGGCGAGGACCCAGGAGAGGCGAUGGAUGUCGACGGCGAAACAAUGGUGAAAAAGGGGCGAACACGGGUGACGACGUUGUUUAGUGCCACCAUGCCGUCUGCCGUGGAACGGCUUGCGCGUAAAUACCUGCGGAGACCGGCGGUGAUUACCAUCGGCGAGGCUGGACGGGCGGUUGACACCGUCGAACAAAGGGUCGAGUUUAUUUCGGGCGACGAGAAGAAGAAGCAACGGAUGCUGGAAAUUCUGAAUAGUGGGACGUAUCCGGCACCGAUUAUAGUAUUCGUCAACCAGAAGAAGACGGCCGACAUGGUGGCCAAGGAUCUUGGGCGGGCCAACUGGAGUGCGUCGACGUUGCACUCGGGCAAGAACCAGGAGCAGCGGGAAGCAGCAUUGCAAGCCCUGAGAAGCGGCGAUGCUGACAUCUUGGUGGCGACGGAUCUGGCUGGCCGCGGAAUUGAUGUGCAGGAUGUCAGUCUUGUUAUCAACUACCAGAUGGCCAACUCCAUCGAAGCAUAUGUACAUCGUAUCGGUCGAACUGGCCGGGCCGGCAAACAGGGUGUCGCGAUAACAUUCUUGACGAACGAGGACGACGAAGUCAUGUAUGACCUCAAAAAUGAGAUUGCCAAGAGCCCCGUCAGCAAGGUCCCCAUCGAAUUGGCCAAGCACGAGUCUGCCCAGCACCGAGUCUCCAAAGAAAUGAAACGGAAAAGAGAGGCGGAGGACCAGGGCUAGCACGGAUUAGAUAUACCCCAUGUGCUCGUAUCUACCAUGACGUAAUCCGCGCAAAACGCAUCGGUCCGGCUAUUGACACAUUCAUGCCAACAAAUCAGUCUUCUCUGGGUCGACAGCAACGGCGUGCGCGCACUCGGCUGUGGAGAUCCCUGUGAGCACAGGCUACACGGGCCAUCCCUUUGCUUGGGAUCAAGAAGAUGGAGAUGCGACACUUUAUCGCAGCUGCCUGCGCUGAAAAAUCAAAUCUUGUCACAGGUUGCGUGACAAAGGAGAAAGUGACAACUCGGUAAUGAGAGAUUCUGAUUUGAUUCCCUUCACAGCCUAAUGCCUCCCUCCGCCUCGACCCUAUACCCCCUCCGGACGUCGCAGGACUCCCGCACGACACGUCCCCAACUACCCGCUCCAAAUUUCGCUUCGUACCCCACAGGAAGUUGAGCGUUGGACCGAACUCUUCGCCCUCGGCGGGUAGUCCCUCCCUCACGCCUGGGUCACCCCCGGCGGCGAUGCCACUUACGAACGGCGCCGUGUCCAAGCUUGCACAUGGCCCACUCCACGACCUCAAACGCUUCCUGAACAACCAUAUUCCACAUUCCCCCGGCGGGCAUCACAGUUCUCCCUCCCAUCUGGACGCGUCGACGCAUCCGCCAUCGGCCUAUUUUGACCCCCCCACUGCGUCGCCGAAGCCGGAGGCUAUGGCGGGGCUUGCAGUCGAGCCCGCCGCCCCGAACUCGAAGGCCGAGAGCAUAUCCGCUCGUUCGUCCUUCCGUGAAAGCAAGCUCGGAUCGCUCAUGCGGAAGGACAAGGACAAGGACAAGGACGUAAAGUCCCUUCCGAUCAAACAGAGCAAGGACCGGACCCCGAGCGAAGACCGCACUCCAUCUCCAGCACGCUCCAACUUUAGCGAACAGCUCAGCAGCGAUCGUGCGUCCCCGAUUUCUGCUGAAACACCGUCCGCGCCCUCCACGCCCCCAAUCCAACAUGCGAAAGCGCCAUCGAAAGCCCCUUCGAUAGCGCCAUCAAAGGCCCCGAGCUUCAAUACAGCCCGAUCAUCGCCUCCGGCACUGCACGUCUUCCACUCGCUCGAGGAGGCCACUCACGCUCAUCUCGGUAAGAAGUACGGUAAAUGGGGUCGGGUCCUCGGUAGUGGCGCCGGGGGCACCGUCCGCCUGAUUAAGGCCAGCAGCAAGAACGGUGGCUCAAUUUUUGCCGUCAAGCAGUUCCGGCCGAAGCGCACCGGAGAGAGCGAGAAAGAGUAUCAGAAGAAAGUUACGGCCGAAUUUUGUGUCGGGUCUACUUUGAAGCACGCAAACAUCAUCGCGACGGUGGAUAUUGUCUCGGAUCAUGGGCACUAUUACGAGGUCAUGGAGUACGCUCCGUACGACCUGUUCAGCGUGGUGAUGUCUGGGAAGAUGUGUCGACCGGAGAUCUAUUGUGUGUUCAGACAAGUCUGCGACGGAGUCCACUACCUCCACGAGAUGGGUCUGGCUCACCGGGAUCUCAAGCUGGACAACUGUGUCAUGACCAUGGACAAUGUCGUGAAGCUGAUUGAUUUUGGGACGGCUACCGUCUUCCACUACCCGGGCAAGCUGUUCACGUCAGCGACGGGAAUUGUCGGCAGUGAUCCUUACCUUGCCCCGGAAGUGCUUAGCGGGGAGCCGUACGACCCCCGCAAAACGGAUGUCUGGAGUGUGGGGAUUAUGUUUAUGUGUAUGGUCCUCCGACGCUUUCCUUGGACGAUCCCAAACCCCAAGACGGACCCGAGCUUCAAGGCCUUCGUCAACGCGCAUCCUGACUUGUCGAUUCCCAAAGAGAAGAAGCUCAUAGCCAAGCGCGGGACGACCCUCCCACCGCCUUCCUCAUCCCCGCCGGCACCGUUGCUGGGCUCACCCCGAGCACGUGAGCGUGCUUCGAGCACCGGUAAGUUGGACACCGGCAGCGUUGAAGGAGAUCCAACGAGCACACGUAACUCCUCGGAAACACCUUCCAUUUUCACGGAUCGGGGCUCGGUGGCGACCAUGUUGACCGAGCCUCCGACGAGAUUGUCCACCCAGAGUAACGGGUCAUUUGAUGUGGCCUCUCGUCGGCUGCAGCUGCACGACACGAUGUUUCCAAGCACGGCUACGUUGCCUGACAUCUCUCGGCUGAUGCUGUCCGAGAGUCCUGCCGACGGUGAUCGCGAAAUGGAUCCUUCGGUGCUCAAGUUUGCACGUCCCGGCAAUUCAACGGAGAGUCUGCCGCUCAGUCCUCGGGAUGGGCUGAUGGAGUUCCCUGCGACACCUCGGGCCCGAGCGGAUGAUCUGCCGACCCCCAAGGUCGCAACCAUGCCGCUGAGUGCCAAUCCUGUGAUGCCCCCCAGAACGCGGGCCGCGACUUUCAACGCCUUCCAGUCGCCGCCGCAUCUGGCGAAACAGGCUGUCGAGGAACCCGUUGUGGUGACCACUGAGUCGACGGCGUCCGAUGCAACGCCGACUUUGCAGGACCAGGAACCCCGAAGCCCCCUUUGCCGCCGAUUCCAGAGCCACCGAAACGCAGACAGCGGACUGACAGCGUUACGACUUUCCACGGCGGAGGGGCCGAGUCGAUUUUCCGGCUGCUGCCCCGGGAGACUCGACCGGCGCUGCGGAGAAUGCUGCAUGUUGAGCCGUCGGCGCGCUGCACGCUGACGGAUCUGGUCAAGGGCAAGGGGAAAGAGAGCAACCUGCUGUGCGGAUGCCAUGUGCGUGGCGAGGGGCCAAUGGAUCCUUCCGGCGGGUUUUGCGCGGACCACGACUUUGAUCCAGAUGAGGAAGAUGACGGCGACGAAUGGCUGCGGGACAUCGUGCCUUGUUCCAGACCUGGCUUUGCGCCUCAACAUGUGCAUAUCAAGGUCACGGUAUCGGAGAAACCGACGAAAAGGCGCUUUUUCUGAGGCACUUCCUCCAGCUGGAUCCCUACAUUGCUAUUCUUACAGCUACUAUUAUUUCCCAUCUUUUCAUCUAUUUAGUGACAAUUUAGACAUGUAAUCCUGUAUAGCGAUCAGUUAAACUCGUCCCUACAAGACAUGAUAUGAUAUUCUGUACAGAUCAAUUCUCAUCAACCCGUUUCUUCUUGUUCUUCGAGUGCUGGUGCUCCUCCUCCUCGGUGGCAACCCGGAUGUUGAAGCCCUCGUCUCGCAGAGCCUUGACGAUCAUAUCUGCGACAACAUCUCCCCCCUCCUCGAUGUCCUCCAAUCCGUCGUAGAACUGGACGACGAUAUUUCCCUCCUCGUCUUCGACCAUCUCCAUCUCAAUUGGCGUCCCCGAUUUCCAGUCCCCGUCCUUUAGCGUACCGAUCGCUUUGCGCAACGCGUCCGAAUGCUUCGCGUCCAGCAAUCCGUCAAUCGUCCCUCCGCUCCCGGAUCCUUUGGCAGCAGGCACUGGCAGUACAGGUUUGGGACGUGCCAGCUUCAAUGGAUGGUCCGUUCCCGCUGAAAGUCGCGUCCCCGCCUCGGCCGCCCGAUCCUCUGCCACGAUUUGCCGGCAGGAAAUCGUAGCCUGUUCCCCGGCGUCCUUCUUGGACAUGAAUCCGGGCUCACCGCACAGCCUGGGAGUGUGUACAACUAACACAUAGGCACACGUCUUGGUCUCUUUUACAAAGGCAAUCGCAUCCGUGGUUGUCAUCGAGCAGUGAAA